AUGGCAUUCUUUGUCAUCUUGCUACUGGUAUUGCUUUCUCACAUGGUACGCAAGCCAUACAUGUUUAAAUGCAGUGUCCAGGAUCUACAGUCUCCACUUCACAUCUAUCAUCAGGCUGGUGACCUCAUACUUGGAGCCAUUGCUUCUCAGGCCCGUUUCACUGCCAAUCCAAUACCCUUCACUGAAAAACCUCCACCAGCAUUGCUUGAAGAACUUAUUGUCGUGCCUAAGAAUUACCAGCACAUUCUGGCCUUGGCCUUUGCAGUGAAGGAGAUCAAUGAAAACUCUGAGAUCUUACCCAACCUCACUUUGGGUUUCCGCAUCUAUGACAGCUAUGGUAAUGCAAGGAAGACAUAUCAUGCCAUAAUGCUACUUUUAUCCACUUUGGAGAAAUUUGUCCCCAACUACACAUGUGAUACCCAGAAUAAUCUAAUUGCAGUCAUAGGGGGACUGGAUGCCCAAAUCUCCUUUCAUGUGGCAACUAUCUUGGAUAUCUAUAAGAUUCCACAGUUCCAUCGUUUUCUGAAAAAUGUCUCAUUUAACAAUAGUGCUGGAGACAAGGUUUCAUUCAACCAUAAUGGUGAAUUAGUAGCUGGAUAUGAUAUUAUCAACUGGAUUGUUUCUUCAAACCAAUCCUUUCACAGAGUGAAAGUUGGAAGGAUGGGUCCCUAUGGUCCUCCAGGACAAGCUUUCACCAUCAAUGAGGAUGCCAUAAGCUGGCACACCUGGUUUAACCAGACAUGCCCUGUCUCUGUUUGUACUGAGAGUUGCCAUCCUGGUUCUAGCAAAAAAAUGAAAGAGGGGGAGCCAUUCUGCUGCUAUGAUUGCAUCCCUUGCCCGGAAGGGAAGAUUUCAGACCAAGAAGACAUGCAUGAUUGCCAUAAAUGUGCAGAGAGAAGUUAUCCAAGCAAGAAUCAUGAUUUCUGCAUUCCCAAGACUGUGACCUUUUUGUCUCACAAAGAACCUUUGGGAAUAAGCUUAAUUUCUUUCACUCUUUUCUUGUCUUUGAUCACAGUUUUGGUGUUAGGAACAUUUAUGAAGCAUCACGACACUCCUAUUAUCAUUGCCAACAACAGAGGCCUAACCUAUACUCUCCUCAUCACCCUCCUGCUGUGCUUCCUUUGUGCAUUGCUAUUCAUUGGCCAGCCUGAGAAGGUGACUUACCUCCUCCGACAAACAGCUUUUGGCAUCAUCUUUUCAGUUGCUAUUUCCUGUGUAUUGGCGAAAACCAUUACAGUGUUUCUGGCUUUCAUGGCUACAAACCCAGGAUCCAGGAUGAGGAAGUGGGUGGGGAAAAGAAUGGCCAACUCCAUUGUUCUUUUCUGCUCCUUUAUUCAAACAGUCAUUUGUACUGUGUGGUGGGCCACAGCUCCCCCAUUCCCAUGUACUGAUGUGCAUUCAUUAACUAAUGAAAUUGUAUUAGAAUGUAAUGAGGGCUCAGCUACAAUGUUUUACUGUGUUCUGAGCUACAUGGGCUUCCUGGCUACUGUCAGCUUCACUGUGGCUUUCCUUACCAGAAAGUUACCUGACAGUUUCAAUGAAGCCAAGUUCAUCACUUUCAGCAUGUUGAUCUUUUGCAGUGUAUGGUUGUCCUUUGUUCCAACCUAUCUGAGCGCAAAGGGCAAAUACAUGGUAGCUGUGGAGAUCUUCUCUAUUUUAGCCUCUAGUGCUGGGUUGCUGGGUUUCAUCUUUUUCCCCAAAUACUAUAUUAUUGUGUUGAGGCCUGAGUUAAACAACAGGGAACAACUAAUAAGGAAAAAAAUAUCAUAA